AUGAAUCGAGUGCAGGAUAUGUCGCGACAAUUAUCGCAACAAGAAUGCCUUGCUGAGUUACUGUCUGUUUUCGGCAACGAAGCGCCACAUCAGUCGACAAUUUCCCGUUGGUAUGGAGAAUUCAAACAUGGGCGGGUGAGUCUUAGCGACGAUCCAAGGAUAGGUGCACCAAAAACGGCAGUCACCCAGGAAAACGUCGAUGCUGUGCGCAAACUCAUCAUUGAAGAUAGACAUGUGACAUAUCGCGAGAUUGAGGCAUCCUUGAAGAUCUCCAUUGUUAGUGGUGAUGAAUCGUGGAUUUACUGUUAUGAAUCAGAAAAUAAACGACAGUCGGCUGUUUGGGUGAUCCAAGGUGAAGAAAAGCCAACAAAAGUCAUCCGUUCUCGAAGUGUUUCGAAAAAGAUGGUCGCGACAUUUGUGUAUACCAAUCCCAGAACUGUUACUGCGGAUUGGUAUACCACCAUUUUUUUGCCAAAAGUCAUCACCGAGCUUCGAAAAAUCAACCCCGAAAGAAGAAUCAUCCUCCACCAAGACAAUGCAAGCUCGCACACAUUCCGAUCUAAACUGCGUGGUCAAAGGUUCCAGUCACCAGAAGAAGCAGUUGACGCAUUCAAAAAUGCUGUUUUGGAUCUGCCAGCAAACGAGUGGAAUAAGUGCUUCGAAAAUUGGUUCGAGCGCAUGCAGAUGUGUAAUUAUCUUCGAGGAGAAUACCUCGAAAAACAAUAA